UUGAAAUUUGAACCUACAUUCAAAGAGCUUUGAAUCUAGGAAAGAAACAACUUGUAGAUUUCUGGUCUAAGCUAUUCACAUAACUGCUUUUAAUGUGUGUGCUGGCUGAAUGUGCACACUGUCAUGCAUUCCAGGCCUCUUGUACGUACUCUAGCCAACCUGCAUAUCCAGUAUAUGUGCAGAACACUUGUUUCAUGUGUGAAUACACUGUUCAACUAGUGCAUCCUGAAUACAUCACAUGUGCUGCACAAGCUCUUGAGGUGUAAUACUCUACUUGCUUCUGUGAUUUGCAUGGUAGAAGUUCAGAAUCUAAAAAGGAAAAAUAUAUUUUGUUUAAUUUAUCUGUAGUCUGAUGUAGUAGGCCCACAGAAAGUCUCUCUGUAAAAUUAUUUGCAGUGAAAACUUAGUAAACAGUCAUUAGACUGUGAAUAUUCUGAUGAUUACUGUCUGUUGCAGAAGUAAGUGCUAUCUGGUAAUGGUAAAUUUCUGCUGUGUUACAAAACAUGUACACAUUAGACUGAAACUUUUUUUUCUUCUGCAGGAAAACUUUGAAGAUGCCUAUGAAAACAUCCCUGUGGCAUCCAAGAUGGAUCUCAAGUGUGCUCUUGAAGAAUGUUCAAUGGCAUUGAACUUAUUUCUAAACAAUAAGUUCUCUGAAGCACUGGAACUACUUCGUCCAUGGUCCAAAGAUAGUAUGUACCAUGCACUUGGAUACAGCACUAUCUUAGUUAUGCAAGCUGCAAUGACCUUUGAACAGCAGGAUAUACAAAUGGGAAUUUCUACAAUGAAGGAUGCUUUGCAAACCUGCCAAAGAUUCAGGAAAAGAAACACAGUGGUGGAAUCCUUGUCCAAUCUUGUUUCUAAACAGACAGUGGAUCAGCUGAGUGAAGAGGAAAUGCAUGCUGAAAUCUGCUAUGCUGAAUGCUUAUUACAGAAAGCAGCUCUCACCUUUGUACAGGAUGAAAAUAUGAUCAACUUUAUCAAAGGUGGCCUCAAAAUUAGGACAAGUUACCAAAUAUACAAGGAAUGUCAUCAGGUGCUGCAGAUGACUCAAGGGAACAAAAGCAAAAAUGAAACGUACUAUCAAUUUGAAGGAGGAGUAAAACUUGGAAUUGGAGCAUUCAACUUGAUGCUGUCACUUUUACCAGGAAGGAUACUCCGACUUUUAGAAUUUAUUGGAUUUUCUGGCAAUAGGGAGUUGGGCCUCAGCCAACUACGGGAAGGCGCAUCUGGCAACAGUUUGAGGGCCAUUCUGUGUACUUUCACCCUGUUGGUUUAUCAUACUUACGUCUCCUUAAUCCUUGGUACAGGGGAAGCCAACAUUCAGGAAGCAGACAGUCUCCUCGAACCCUACCUCCAGAAAUUUCCAAAUGGUUCCAUUAUUCUGUUUUAUGCUGCCAGAAUAGAUAUACUAAAAGGAAAUUUUGAAAAGGCACAAUUGAGGUUCCAAGACUGUAUAGCAGCCCAGCAAGAGUGGAAACAAAUUCAUCAUCUCUGUUACUGGGAGCUGAUGUGGUGCUACACCUUUCAGCAGGACUGGCUUCAAGCAUAUCGGUAUGCAGACCUGCUCAGCAAAGAGAGCAGGUGGUCUAAGGCAAUAUAUGUAUUCCAGAAGGCAGCAAUUCUUGCUAUGCUUCCAGAGGAUGAUUUGAAGAGUACUGGUGAGGACAUAGUGUCUUUAUUCAGACAAGUGGAUGGCCUAAAACAGAGGAUUGCAGGAAAAUCUAUCCCAACUGAGAAAUUUGCAGUAAGGAAAGCUCGACGCUAUACAUGUCCUCAACCAGUGAAGCUGAUAUUACCUGCCUUGGAAAUGAUGUAUGUCUGGAAUGGAUUUGCAAUUGUGGGCAAAAGAGCAGACCUCACUGAAAACUUACUGGUUACAAUUGAAAAAGAAGAAACUGCUCUACAAAAUGAAACUAAUCACAAUGAAUACUAUGUGGAUGAUGUGUGCAUGUUGCAGCUACUGAAAGGCCUCUGCCUGAAACACUUGGGAAGACUCAUGCAAGCUGAAUUAUGUUUCAGUAAAGUAAUUCAAAGUGAAAAGCAAAUAAAAUAUGACAGUUACUUGGUGCCAUUCACAAUGUAUGAAUUGGGUCUUCUGUACAAACAACAGGAUGAGAGAGAAAAAGCAAUAAGAUACAUAGAAACUGCAAAAAACAACUACAAGGAAUACUCUAUGGAGUCCAGGUUGCAUUUCAGAAUUCAUGCAGCACUUGACAGUUUGAAGGUGUCACCUGCUUCAACACCUUGAAUGAAGAGGAAUGCUUUUCAUGCAUACAAUAAAUAGCCUACACAAUCUUUUUGCAAUCUUUUUUUUAAUCAUAGAGAAGAACAUAAUGAUUGUUUUCUGUCACUUCUGAUUUGAUGUAUGUCAUUCCUUUAGAUGUUUUCUGUAUAGCGCCUAUACUGUAUCUACAUGCUAUUUUAAAGAAGACCUUAUAUUUUGUUUGAUAAAAAUAAUUUAAUAUUUUACUUGAAUGGGGGAUAUUUUUAAAAAAAGG